AGCAAAGCUCGUUGCAAAGCAACGAGAGGUCUUCCGUCGGAGCUGUGUGACAUAAAAACCUUGAACUUUACCAUAUGUCCUUGGGUCAGGUCCUAAUGCAGCCUCAGUUAACAUGAAAAUCUGUUGUAAGUAUGAAAUCUAAAUGUUUCUUCAUUACUUGAUAUGGCCAGGACGGGGUUUGUAUUUUCUAAAAAGUGAACUUGACAAUGUGACCAUGGGUCAAGGCCAGGACAUAUUCUUUGAUCAUAUGGAAACUUUUUAUCAAUAUUAAUUAAAACACACAGUGCGCACAGAAGUCGCGUAUGAAUUUCACGCCAGGGGCACGUACCGAAGUUACAUAAUUUGGACCAGGAGUUCUGAAUCAAUGUUUAAUCAAAGUCAUUGUUUUUAAACAAUACAACAACAAAUCAUUUGAAAUGAGACUGGCCGGCCAUGGGUUUCUGAAUAUUCUAUACGCAUGUUUAGAUUUGCAUGGUUUAAUCAUGAUUAUAAACUAUUGAUUUCAAAACAUGUUCAGAAAUAAUUCGUUAUGAUUGUAAAAUGUAUCCAUUUUCUUUCUCACAACGAAGAAUUUGAGUAAAGCUUGUGUGUUCAGUUAAAGUAGUGUGAAAUCACAGAUUGCUAGUCCAGCAGUGAUGAAUCUCCGAUAUUAAACACACAUUCAAUUAGACAUGAUUGAGAAACGAACUGUAUAUUAAAUUGCCUGACUCAAUGCUCUAGAGUUUUGAAUUUAAAACAAAUCAAACGUAAGACCAAGGACGUAUAAACAAGUAUAUACAUCCCCGGAAAGACUGAAUUAUUCGAAAAAUCCAAUAUGAUCAAAAACAUAACAUUCUGUGUUAUAUUUAGGACGACAAUGUUUACUUUGUGUACAUGCCCUGGUUCACACGCGAUAGUUCCUCGAGUCGGUUACGUAAUUGUAAACAAAAACAAACCCCGUGGUGUAUGUAAGAUGCGUGUAGUUAAUGACUGAGUUAUUCUGUCUUGAAGGUUUGUUUCUUCAAUUAAAUAUAUCGUUGUGUUAAUAACAAACGUAGAGGAGAUAACCUUUUCCUCUUUUUUCUUUGGAACGAUUGUUUAUAUUAAAGCUACUAAAUAAAAAAAAAGAAAGUUGUCGAUAGAUGAUUUUUAAAGGAACCAUAGAUCACGUUAAAACCUUAUUUUAAAAGAAUAUUAGCAUUUCAUGAAGUCAGAUUUAUCAAUUAAAGCAAGUUUAUUUAAGUUAUACGCAUAUUUUCCCCCCUUCACCUACCUAAUGAUACGGUUACCUGUUUGUGGGUCAAGCUUUUUACUCAUAUAUAACACAAUACUCGAGCAAAAUAUUAUGUUUAUCAGAUCAAUAAGAUGUUAAAGAACAACUUUUCCAGCAAAAGCCAUAUCGAAAUAUUUACCGUUUUUGAGUUAUAAAGCGAAAACUUUGAAGAUCCCCAGAUCCCUAAUUUAAGGGGCCAGCCCCUUUUAAGGGAUAUUAAAAGAAAGCUCUUAACAUUUUGCACAAAAUUUUGUUCUACACGUCUUAACAAAAUAUUUUUAGUUUAAAAGAUAGAAAGGAAAAUAUGUGUAAUUUUUUGCUCCUUUAGGCGUCCUAAUUUUUUAACCCUGUCAACCACCAUUUCGAACGCUGUAAUUAAAAAACAAAAAGCGAUGUGCACAACUAUAAUGCUCCUACUUUUCAUUUUCAAUGCAUUUUCUGCUCAAGCUUAUACAGUCUUGGAGCCUUUGUCUGGAAACCAAAGCCCCUAAAAUCUCAUUCAAAGGGGAAUAACUCGUGAACAGAAGGGAAUUUCUGAAAUGUAGUACAUGAUUUUAAAAUUGUUCUGUAAAGUUUAUAAACCCUGAAAAUUUGAGCAAAAUCCAUGCAGAAAUGAGCGAGAUAUGAAGCUUCAAAGUUAGCGUCUAGGAAAAAGAAAAAAAAAAGAAAUAAUAAAAAGAAUAAUAAGAAUAAUCUUAACGAGCACCAGUGCUCGAGCUGGGCUUCGCCAUUUUCGCCAAUGGCGAAUUUUUUUCAUAAAUGGCGAAAAAAAAUUGAAAGUGGCGAAAAUCCCUUUUUGCAAUAAAUUGUAUUUUAAAUCCUUUGUCAGUGACGCAUUAUCGCCUGCUUGUUUAUGCAGUCCAACUUUGUUUAUUCAGUCAACGCGUGCGACCGGAAAUCUCGCGUCGCUCCAGUGCACACAGAGCUGGUCACAGCCUCAGGUGUGAAACCUGGUAAAGGACUGGAUCAAAAUUUGGUGACUCCUCGUAAAGCAUUGGGCAAUAUCAACAAAGAAAACCAGGGAUUGAAAGGUCUAAAGCAAGGCAGUGCCAAUCCUUUGAAGCCCCUCAAACUAGCAGACAACACAAAUCUGAUCACACCCAGGAGGGCUUUGGGAAACAUCAACAAGGACCCCCGAGCCGCAAGCAUCAAGACACCCAGUCUCAAACCGUCUUGUAAUCCUGGAUCUCUCAAACCAGAAAACAUCAAGAAAUUUAAUAAAGCAUCCAAUGACCUUGGUAAGAAACAGAAAACUGUGACACCUCAGCUAAAGUUAGCCACCCUCUCGGCCAUUCCCACCUGUCGUCAAGUGGAGGACAUAGAACAGAUGUACAUUCCAUCACCAGAUGACCAGGAGGAUGAUUAUGAAGACAUCAUGCCAAAAUCAGAAAGAAUCAGUACCUAUAUAUCCAGAUUGAUUAGCUGGAGACCUCCAUGUUUUGGGGAUUUUCCUUUUUCUGAUGAUGAAGAGGAGAGGAGUGAGGCUGAUACGAUGAAGAGAAGAGAUGAUAUCAUCAACAGACUGGGACAGAAUCUUCCAAGCCAUGACCUUAUUGAACCAGAAGGAAUGAGUGAGGAGGAAUUCUUUUCUGUGGAGCCCAUAGAAGACAUCCCAUUGCCAAGCCUUGCCUCCAUUUCUGCCAGUGCUGAGUCAUUUCCUGGUCUGGAUGAUUCUGUAGACAUUGUGACUGGUAUGGGCACUCUUCAACUUCGUGACCUCUCACCUUGUCUGAACACGUGACCUGUUAACUUGGCAUAUAUAAUCCUGUGGCACUAGACUGAUUGAUGACCUCUAUGUAUGGUUGCAGAAUGAAUUCUAAAUAUUGUUGCUGUUAACAGUGCAGUAUUUAAAUUUGAGAAAGUACUAAACACUGUUAAAAAAUUAUGAAAGCAUGCUUACAAUUUUUUUUCUUAAUUUAGUAAAUUUGUUAUGUUUAUUCAUCAAUUACUUGGUUCCAGGAUCAUGAAACAAAUUUAGAUUUUUAGCUCACCUCAUCUAAAUUUUUGAUCACAUUUGUUCAGCAUUAAUUUUGUAAACUGAUGACAUGUUAUCUUCUUCCAAACCACUGGACCAAUAUCAACUAAACUUUUCACAAAGCAUUCAUGAUUUAAAGUGAUUCAAUUUAUUCUAAUGAAGAAUUAUGUCCCCUUCCAAGGAGAUAUUGAUAAGAAAUAGCUUAAGUUGGAGUGUUUAAAAUAUCUUCAAGUAAAGACUAGUAUGAAAAUUUCCUUACAGAUUGAAGAUUCAAGUUUGUUCAAACAAUUAACCCAAAGGCCUGGGAGGGAUUACAAUUAGGGUUUAAAGUUUUACAAAGAAACAAAUAUUAAAAAUUUUGAAUUUUUAAAAAAAGAAACUUUGCUGUUUAUUAACAUCCUUUGAUCUGCUCAAAUAGAUCGCUAAUGAAAAUGAAGUGGGCUUGGUUAAAAAUCUUCUCUUUAAACACUGGAUCUAAAAUUACAGAACUCGAUCAAAAGCAUUAUCAUACAGUGUUGAUUCAAGUUUGUACUAAUAAUGGCUUAGAAUUAGUCUAUGUAGUGAGCAUUGUAUGUGAAAGGAAACCACUUUAAAAUCUUCUCUAGAACAGUAAGACUAUACAGUACAUCAAAUUAGAAUGAAUUUCCCUAGGGUUAAGGAUAUGGGACAUUUUAGGAUAAGAAAGUUUCUGAGAAAUAUGCCAAUAGGAAAUAUCUUUAUAAAAUCUUUUCAAUCUGUUAUAUUUAUAAAGUCUGUAAAUUUAAAGUAUCAUGGGUUCUAUUUGAUUGAACUGAAUUCAGAGUGCACAAUAGGGGAUUAUUUGUUCAAUGAGAUAGGUCCUUUUUUUUCAUUUGGUUUCAAUAAUCUGGUAGUUGUUGGAUCAAAAACCGACCAAGUUCUUCAGAUACAGUUAGUCUUAUUAAUAUGGAAGUGCCUUAUGUAGUAUAGAUUCAAUGGGCUUUUUUCCCAUGACCCUGGAACCAUUCUGUAGUUCAGCAUCUCAAUACAUUUAGGGUAUAUCGUGACGUAAUAGUGGUACGGUACUUUAAUUGGCUUAUAUUUAUUAGUGUUCCAGUUUGAGCAAGGUUGCUGAAAUGAGCAUAAUGGCGCUUUGUAAAUAGUAAUAAGCAACUGGAGCCGGAUGCUAUAUAGUGUUACAAAACGUUAGACUGAUUGCUAUAUUGGUUUGGGGGUAUACAGAUUCUGAGUUUUAAACCUGUCCAAGUGAUGUUUAUGUUCAUCUUUUUCAUUAUUUUUUUUUUCAUCAUUCAUUUUUUUUUUUACCAUAGAAAUAAACUUAAGGAUUUUGCCUAGAUGUUUGUAUGAUACUUCAGUAUUUUGUAAUUAUUCUUGCACACGUGAUUUUGCAGGUGAUUUGCUAAUACUAUUAAAGAUUUUAUCACAAC